GACAAAGACCCCCAGCAGUACGGACUGCGGUCUGUGGCUUUCGAAGUCGGAGACAUGCUGAAAGAGCUGCCAAAGGCCGACCUCCUCAUCACGAAGGACACGAUCAUCCACAUUCCUAACUGGGCCAUCCUAAAGUUCUUGGAGACCAACGUCAACGCUUGCCCCCCGUGGUACAAGGAAGUCUUGUUCAUCCAUGAUCGUCCUCCGUAUUGGAAAUUCCGCUGGGGAGCAGUGCCGCUUGUGCGCCACAUCGUCAGGAACUGGGACUGCCCAGGGUUCUCAGAUUUCCACGAGAUCGACCUGAGGGUGGCGCCGUACCACCUCGAUGUAGUCAAUCUGUUCGAGUUCAACUCAUCCACGCGUGCGGAUCGGGUCAUGGAUAACCCAAAA